ACACUGGAUCACCAGGCGGAGCAGCAGGCACCGGGCCACCAGGCGGAGCAGCAGGCACCGGGCCACCAGGCGGAGCAGCAGGUGCCCGGGAACCAGGCGGAGCAACAGGCAUCAGGCCCCCAGGCGGGGCGGCGGGCGCCGGGCCCCCAGGCAGAGCGGCGGGCACUGGGCCCCCAGGCGGGGCGACAGGCAUCGGGCCCCCAGGCGGGGCGACAGGCAUUGGGCCCCCAGGCGGGGCGACGGGCGCCAGGCCCCCAGGCGGAGCGGCGGGCGCCGGGCCCCCAGGCGGAGUGGCGGGCGCCGGACCCCCAGGAGGGACGGCAGGCACCGGGCCCCCAGGCGGAGCGGCGGGCACCGGCGGGCACCGUGUCAUCUGGCAAGGCAGUGGGCACCGAGUCACCAGGCACGACAGUGGGCUCUGAGUCAAUUGGCAUGACAGCGGGCACCGGG